GCGGCCGGAUGCAGUGAUGAGCACCUGUUCAGAGACGUUGUGCAUGGCUUUUGCAUAUCCAGCUGGAUGCCAGCCACCGGCAACUCUGGCUCCAAGGAUCCAGAUCUUGAGACAUCAGUAUGGCAAGAAACGCAAAAGGAGAUUGACUUGGGGAUCGUGCUGGCAAAGAUAGUGUGGACUGCAGACUUCCACGACUUCACGAAUGUUUGCAAGAACAUCUUGAAGGAUAAUACCGCGUCAGGCAAGAAAGCGAUUGGUCAUGCAACUUCCUUUGCAACUCUUGGUUUGCACGUGGACCUGUCAAACACAGAGGAUCGUGUGAUUCUUGUCGGACACACUGACAAGCGGCGCGAGGAGCUCAGCAAUGCCUUUAACGAAGUUCUUGAACAAGGCAAGAUGGAGCGCAUGCCUUUCGAGAGGCUGAAAGGGCGCAUGGUUUUCUUCGAAGGUUACAGCUUCGGGAGAGUGAGCAACCAAGCCAUCAGGACUUUGUCAAGGGCUUGCAAGAAUACGAACUCAGCUGUUCCCUUGAGUGCGCUACACAGGUCUGCAUUGCAAUUCUUGAUCGAGCGAACCGGGUCAGCUGAACCAUUGAGGAUUCAGCCGUGCCUCCGGGCAACUUGGAUUCUCUUCACGGACGGAGCUUGUGAGGCUGAGAAAUCUUGGGGCGGCAUCGGAGGUCUUCUCUUUGCUCCGAAUGGCAGCUGCGCUGGCUAUUUCGGUGAGUCGGUCCCAGAGGAACUCAUGAAACAACUCCUGUCUUUUUCGAAGAACCCAAUCUUCGAACUUGAGAUUGCUCCGAUCUUGAUUGCAUAUGAACUGUGGAAGGGUCUUAUCCAGGGCGCACAACUUGUGUGCUACCUCGAUAACGAGGGAGCGCGUUACUCUUGCGUCCGUUGCUUUGCUGAUACUUCGAGUGUUGCUGAUGAUUGGGUGCGAGGCGUAUUGCAUCUUGAAUCCCAAGCACGAGUGAACGUGUGGUACAGCCGCGUACCCACUUCAUCGAACGUAGCCGACGGGCCAUCACGGCUUGAGUUCACAGAGGUGCAGAGGCUUUGCAGGUACAGGUCGCGUCCGACGUGGGCCACUCUCCUUUCAAGAAGGGGGUGA